AUGAUGAAGAUGUUCCUCGCGGCGCUGGGCACGCCCGUCGUGUCCAAAGCCAUCUUCCACGCCCUACGACCAAAGGACUUCGACGCCAUCCAGCGGAAGCGGGCGGCUGACCCAAGUCACGCGGUGGUGCUGCCUACGGGGGGCCUCCUUCUCGGCAGCGGGAUGGACAUCUCGGGCUCGUGUCCGGGCUCCGUGUAUGUGCAGCUGGGGGCCGGGAUCCCCACUGCUUUGCCGGUGUUUGGGGGGGUCUUGGCUGGCUCCCUGCUCGCCUCUGCACUGGCUAAACCAAUGGACGAGAAGGCCAAGGUCAAGAGAUUUGUGGCGCUGCCGUGGAUGGCUCAUGCAUUUGUGGGAUUGUUCAUCGUUGGACUUGCUGUCGUACUUGAAGUCCUCGUGCCGGAGGACCCUUUGCCAUCUGCCGCGUGGCUACCGAGCAUAGCGGGGGUAGUGGUGGGCAGCCUGCAACUCCCCCUGGUGUUGGUACUCCGCCGAUCUCUCGGGGCAACGCAAUCCUACGAGUCCGUCCUCGGACUGGGGAUGUACCCCAUUCGAAACACCAGUGCCGGCAAGCGCCUCAACGUCCCUUCAAUCUCGGACCUCUCCACUUUGCUGUUUGUCGUGUUUAUCGUCGCUGGAUCGGCUGUAGCCACGGUCACCUCCACCCCCCCUCUCCCCCUUGGUCCCCUUCCGUCGGUGGCGGCGUCGUUAGUUGGUGGGGCGUUGAUCGGGGUAGGGUCCACAGUUGCCUGCAGGUGUACUUCUGGCCACGGACUGUCUGGAGUGGCCUUGCUCAUGAUAUCGUCGCUGAUUGUCCUGCCCUUCAUCUUUGCAGGUGGUAUUGCCACUGGCCUCGUGCGAAGCUCGUCGUGCAUGGCCAGACGCAAGCGCCACAUGGGUGAGUCGGCCACUGAAGACAACGACGAGGAAUCUGUCUCUAGUCCGUCGAUUCUGGGCAGCAUGCUGAGUUUGGACGAAGAGUUGAACGGGGGUCGGAAAUCAACCAAAUCGCCCCGCAAGUCGCACAUUCCUAUUUAUGACCCCGAGUCUUCUCCCACAAAAUCUUCACGCCCCCCUAAACGCAAGGCAUAUCCCCCGAAAGAAGAACCCAUCGAACCAUCCGUUCUGCACCAAGACAGCGUGUUCGUGUCAACUCCAGAUGAGAUCCCGACAAAGCCAGCUCCAGUUCGACUGGAUUUCCCCAACCAUGUCACCGGCAGCCCACCCCGUCACUUGACAUCUGUCGCAAAGGGGUCGUCCCGAAAGGCUCCCCAUACUGCUGGCGGCUAUUCCUCCAUCCAUAAGCCAGCUGAAACGAAUUCAUCAACUAUCAAGACGCACAAUGUCGACACUACGCCUCUCCCAUCAGACAUUCCGGGCGCGAACAUGGAACCAGUCGACCAGUACCCUACCGAGUCUGUACAUGACAACACAAGGACAGUUGAGCCAAGUGACGGAACGGACUUUGACGAUCAAAUCGCACUCGUGAUGCAGGAGCUGGAGGCGCUGAAUCUACUCCACAGCCAGCUCAUGGAAACCAAAGCCAAGGCGAGAGAGCACUUUCAACGAUCACACCAGUCAAAUGUCUCAAAUCCAGCUGUCCUUCAUGCCCCACUUGCUACAACAACCAAUGGAGGUUCAAAAAGCCCAAGGCGGCUUGGUACCCUUCACGACACUCCCAGCGAAACCAAACCGUCCAAAUCGCCGAAAAAAGGUGGUCGUCACCUAAAGCCAGAUACUGCGGCUAUGACAACCGCAGCGUUGCCACCCCUACCAGCAUAUCCCAUGGCGGCAGUGCAAGACGCAUACCCGUGGAGCAAGUUUAUGCUGCAACAAAUGCACCAGCAAAUGAUGCAGUCCUCUCAUCACGUGCACGGAGCUGCCACGCCCGUGGUGUAUGUGCCCAUAUUGAACCCAGCGUACAUGGCAGAAGUGAAGCACCAAUCAGGAUAUGACAACAAACAGCAUGUCCAGCCACUCGUCCCAUCACCCCCUUCCUCGGUGGCGUCGAAGGCUCCAGACGAAGUUGCGUCGGUGGAAUCAACCACCAAAGCCCCAGACAAGAAACCUCGACCAGUCAAGAAAGCAAGUCCGAAACGACCUCAUCUGGCAAAGAAACACACGUCCAGGGAGCUUGUGUUCCCACGGUAACAACCGUCAGAGCAACUUGUAGAUAGGAAAAUUAUAGUAACAACGAGAUAAGGCACACGCCAGGUGUAACCGACA